AUGUCGCCGAAGAACCAGAUAGAGAGCGGUUUAUAUGACGCAGUCUCUGCAAUAACCUUGGUUGUUCGUCUGUCGUGGCGCAGAUUAUUGCGAUCAUGGAUUCAAGUUCCCGUUGGACUCUUGCUGGCCCUUUUGACUUGCUUUGGUGUUGAUUCUUUACUGGGGCUCAGUGGAGUGCCAUUCCCGGCAUCGGUCGCUUGUAUGAUUGUGCUAUUUCUAGCACUGCUCUUGUCUCAGUGGCUCCUGGGCGACAAAUGGACGAGGACGAUAGUGAGAUACAUUGAUAUUCCAUGUGGAUUUUCUUUGCGAUAUAUCAAUGUCUUCUUCACCCCAUCAUUCAUACUUCUGCCUCUGAGUCAGUCCACCAGUGGCAUAGAAAUUGGUAAGAUAAUAGCAGUCUUCUUAAUCGGAUAUUUUGCUGUCUUCGUCUUCACGACCUUCUGCGUGAGAUUGCUGCAGAUGCUUCUUGGCACAUCCAAACGGGCCAUAACUGAAGACGAAGAUCAGCCUAUUCCAUUGGAAAAGACCCGUGAGACGCGGAGCAGCACUUCCGAGAUUACUUUACAUUCUACCUCGGUGGAUCCUGAAAUUACUGAUUCCAAGUUCGACUCUGUGAUGGAUAGCAUCGAGAAGCCUCGUCCAGCUCAGGAUCCAUUCCUGGUCCGCGGCACCCUGGGUCCUCCGACUCAGAACGUGGUUGAAGCAAGUGUUACUCCUCCAAUCGCACAGGAGCCGCAUCCAUUGACCCGUCCUCAGCAGUGGGCUCCUUACCUGACGGCUAACCUUGAUAUUAUGAUAUAUACAUUGCUUUUUGUCUUUAUCGGACUACCCGUGUACUAUGCUACUGGGUAUGCCAUGCCCGCGCAACUAUGCCUUACUGUGGUCGCCUUCUUCGCUGCUCUAUCUCUUCCCGCUCACUGGAAGAGGUUCCUUCAUCCUGUUUUAGUCUCUUCUGCGGUCAGCAUCUUAGCCAUCUGGAUCCUGGCUCUGACGAGGAGGGAGUCCCUGGAUGAUGGCCUGCACGCAUUCAAGACCGGGACUCGUUACAUAGAACUAUGGCAUGGUUAUAAAAACUUGCCAUAUCCCGGUGCUGGUGAUAUGUUCAGUACUUUACUGGAUGUGAGCAUUGUGGCGCUAGCACUACCUAUGUUCCAAUAUCGAAAAGAACUAAAACGCCAUCUGUUAAUCAUCGUUUUACCUCUCAUUCCACUAAUUGCCUUGUCUAUGUUCGCUUAUCCAGCCGUCUGUGCAGCAAUCUCGCUCUCGCCCUCCCAUUCACUGGCUUUCACAGCACGGUCCUUGACUCUAGCUCUUGCAACUCCCACAAGCACGAACUUCGGCGGCGAUAGCUCACUGGUGGCAGUCUUGUGCAUCAUGAGCGGAAUCCUCGGAAUCCUUGUUGGUCAGCCUCUACUGAAAUGGCUUGGUGUACGAGACGAUGACUACGUGACUCGAGGAGUGACACUGGGGGCUAAUAGCUCUGCAAUAGCAACGGCAUCUCUGCUGACGAUGGACCCUCGUGCAGCAGCUUUGUCGAGCUUGGUGAUGGGUCUCUUUGGAGCGGUGAUGGUCGGGCUCAGCUCCGUACCGGAAAUAGUUGAGGUGGUCAAGAAACUAGCUCAAACGUGA